GUAGGCCACAGCCAAACGACAACAUGUGGACAUGCAUUGUUGUGCUCGUGCGUAUGGAGACGACAAUGCGCGCGCCUGCCCCCUCACUUCAUUCAUUGCUGUCCGUGCUGCUGCAGACGCUCCAGCUUCUCUCCACGUUGUGAAGAAGAGGUUUUAAUCCGGGACCAUGAGGUGCUCCUGCCGCCCGAGAAACACGCAUGACAGAGCAGUAUGUAUGACAAACUGCCCCACUCUCAUUGUGACUGUGGGUCUUCCAGCCCGGGGGAAGACUUAUAUUUCAAAGAAGCUCACUCGUUACUUGAACUGGAUUGGUGUGUCAACGAAAGAGUUCAAUGUUGGCCAGUAUCGGAGGGAGUGUAUGAAGAUCUACAAGUCCUUCGAGUUUUUCAGUCCAGAUAAUGAAGAAGGUCUAAAAGUCAGACGUCAGUGUGCGAUGGCAGCACUCAAUGAUGUUAGGGAGUACCUGAGUGUCAAAGGAGGACAUGUGGCGGUCUUCGAUGCCACAAAUACAACAAGAGAAAGAAGAGCAACCAUUGUCAAGUUUGCUGAGCAGAAUGGUUUUAAGGUGUUUUUUGUGGAGUCUUUGUGUGAUGACAAAGACAUAAUUGCACAAAAUAUAGUGCAAGUGAAGUUGGGCAGCCCAGACUACAUUCACUGCAACACAGAGGAGGCCAUUGAGGACUUCAUGAAUAGAAUCAAGUGUUAUGAGUCGUCCUACCAGUCUCUGGACGAGAUUCUGGACAGGGAUUUAUCCUACAUAAAGAUCAUGGACGUGGGCCGGCGUUACCUGGUGAACCGUGUUCUUGACCACAUCCAAAGCCGAAUAGUCUAUUAUCUGAUGAAUAUCCACAUUACUCCACGCUCUAUCUACUUGUGUCGCCACGGUGAGAGUGACCUCAACAUCAAGGGACGUAUUGGAGGAGAUUCGGGCUUGUCUGCCAGAGGAAAAGAGUUUGCCAGAAGGUUAAGGAAAUUCAUCCAAGAGCAGAACAUCAAAGAUCUGAAGGUGUGGACGAGCCAGAUGAAGAGAGCAAUCCAGACAGCCGAGUGCCUGGGAGUGCCAUACGAACAGUGGAAGACUCUCAACGAAAUAGAUGCCGGUGUGUGUGAGGAAAUGAUGUAUGAAGAGAUCCAGGAGCAUUACCCUCUGGAGUUUGCACUGAGAGACCAAGACAAGUAUCGCUACCGUUACCCUAAAGGAGAGUCAUAUGAAGACCUGGUGCAGCGACUGGAGCCUGUGAUUAUGGAGCUGGAGAGACAGGAGAACGUUCUGGUCAUUUGCCACCAGGCUGUCAUGCGCUGUCUUCUUGCAUAUUUCCUGGACAAAACUGCAGAGGAGUUGCCUUAUCUCAAGUGUUCUUUGCACACAGUGUUGAAGCUGACCCCUGUUGCUUACGGUGAGUUGGAACUUUUCUAAGUUUAUAUAUUAUUGUAUGUUGACUAUCACCAUUAUUCUGUCACAUUAAAUUAACUCAUCCAUAUUAAUGCAUCUAUAUAUUGUUGUAAUAGCACGUUGUCUAGGAAGAAAAAGAACACUCUUCUGAGUUUAAAAAAUAUCAUUUGCAGUUUGUUUAUGGAAGAUGGCCACUGUU